ACCUUACAUAAAUACAAAAAUUCACUAUAUUUUUUUAAGUUUAAUUCGCAUAUAUUUUUUAUUUUAUGAAAAAUUACCAAUACCUGGUUAUUAAUAAUCAAAAAGUAACAAUAAAAGGUACUUGACAAAAUGUAAACAUCUGUUUGACUUCUAAAAUGCAUAAUAUCGUUUAAAACCUUCAAUUAUCAUGGCCAAAUAUGUGCCAGAAACUAUAAUAAGUGUAACUAUUUUGCUAACAGUUGGACUGUUGCUCCUGAUAAAUAAAUCUUUUUCUGAACUGAAAUUGCUUCAAAAAUUAUUACCAGAAUAUAGCUGGCUUAUUCAUGGUAUACAAAACAUUUUAGGAUAUUCAACAGUGUUUAUACCUGGAUAUUUAAUUUUUAAAUAUACAAGAAAGAUCAAUUAUCUGGAAAGACCAGGUAACACAACUUUUAGUUUCAUUAUUAGAGCAUGCUUUGGUUAUGAAGAACUUCCUGACCACACUACUGCAUCACCUGUCCUUGCAACACCUAACAAAGGAUUAUUAUAUGAUGCUUUUUUGUUAACAUUUUAUUUUCUGGGUUUACAAGUUUCAUAUUUGGUAUGGGGUGUAUUACAAGAAAAAGUUAUGACCCAAGACUAUACAAAUUCGUUAGGAGAAAAAGGACGUUUCAAGGAUUCACAGUUUUUAGUCUUUGUAAAUAGGAUUUUGGCAUUUACAUUAUCAGGUUUAAUAAUAGCUUGUACAAGGCAACCACGUCACAAAGCACCUUUAUACAAAUAUGUCUAUUGCUCUUUCUCAAAUAUUAUGAGCUCAUGGUGUCAAUAUGAAGCUUUAAAAUAUGUUUCUUUCCCACAUCAGGUUUUAGCAAAAGCAGCUAAAACAAUCCCUGUAAUGAUAAUGGGCAAAAUAGUUUCUAAGACAACAUAUGAAUUUUAUGAAUAUGUAACAGCAUCUAUUUUGUCCCUAGGAAUGUUAUUUUUUAUGCUCAACAGUGGAGAUGAAAAUAAUGGCUCGAGAACUACAACAUUCUUUGGUAUUUUACUCCUUUGUUCCUACGUUAUAUUUGAUAGUUUUACAUCAAAUUGGCAAGGAGUACUUUUUAAACAGUAUGGAAUGAGUUCAUUACAAAUGAUGUGCGCAAUUAAUUUAUUUUCCUGCACUUUUACAGCGGUAUCGUUACUACAACAGGGAAGUUUAAUUAGCUCCUUUAAUUUUAUGACGCAAUUUCCAAAAUUCUGUUUUGACUGUGUACUGUUAUCAGUUUGCUCGGCGGGAGGUCAACUAUUUAUAUUUAAAACAAUUUCCACGUUUGGCCCUCUUGUCUUUGCCAUUAUAACAACAAUAAGACAGGGUUUCUCUAUACUACUCAGUUGUGUAAUUUAUCAUCAUAAAAUCAGUUUAUUCGGUGUAUUCGGAAUUUUUCUGGUAUUUCUGAGUAUAUUUUUGCGAAUAUAUUGCAGCUAUAGAAUUAGAAAACGCAAAAAGCCAAUCGUCGGUUAACGUUUAUAUAUGAAAUACAUGACGCACAUUUUAUUGUAUUUUAUACGAUAGAAAAAAUAUAGUUCCUUUGACAAGUA